AUGAUCCCCAAAGGUCAAGCACUCAUCCCAAAGCUAUCACAACAUCAAACGAACGGCAACAGUAAUCUCGGUUUACUAAGCGCACCCCGGCUGCCACCUUGGCUAGACGGCCCAUUGCCGCAAGGAUUUCCGUGGGGAUCAAACACAGCACAGAACACAAAUCCCUACACCAGCCCUCCAAACACUGGCGUGACGAGAUACUACACCUUCCACGUUAGCAGGCAAAUAGUCAACCCUGACGGAGCGUACAAUGUCUCGGGCAUCCUCAUUAACAAUGCAUUCCCUGGCCCAACCAUCUCCGCCAACUGGGGUGACUGGAUCCAAGUGGAAGUGUUUAACGAUUUGACCGAUGAAGGCACUUCUUUGCAUUGGCAUGGUCUUUUGCAGCAAGACACACCGUGGUUCGAUGGCGUUCCAGCCGUACAACAGUGCCCCAUCGCACCUCAAUCCUCGUUUACAUACCGUUUCCGCGCUGAUUUAUAUGGUACGUCGUGGUAUCACAGCCAUUACAGUGCGCAGUAUGCGGCUGGUGCGUAUGGUGCGAUGAUCAUCUAUGGUCCAAAUGGAACUGCCCAGUACGAUGAGGAUAUGGGCCCAAUUCUGCUCUCGGACUGGUUCCAUACGCCCGACUACUUUGACCUGGUGCAAACAGUGAUGGCUCCAGCGGCUGAGAACCUUUUCCCUCCGGUCUCCAACAACAACCUCAUCAACGGCAAGAUGAACUAUCCCUGCGCAAAUUCUACAAACCCAAACUGUACGCCAAACGCAGGGAUUUCGAAGUUCAAUGUCACAACGGGCAAGACUUACCGUCUUCGCCUCAUCAACUCUGGAGCGGAGGGUCUCCAGAAGUUCUCCAUCGAUGGUGCCAAGCUUACAAUCAUCGCCAACGACUUCGUGCCCAUCCAGCCGUAUCAGGUUGAUGUCGUGACUUUAGCAGUCGGGCAACGAAGCGACGUUCUCUUCACGGCUACUGGCAAAUCAGGCGACGCAGUGUGGAUGCGAUCAACGCUAGGCACGAACUUCUGUAGUCUUAACGACGGCAUAUCUCCCGUUGCUAUGGCAGCCAUCUACUACCAGAACGCCAACAUGACAGCUGUACCUACGAGUCGGUCCACCGUGUCCGAUGCCGCUCUGGCAUACUGUGAGAACGACGACUUGAGCUUGACAACACCGCUGUAUCAGCUAACACCGCCAUCCCAUCCGGACACCUCGCAGGUCAUCAACAUCACCUACCAAAGCAAUGGCACCCACAACCUCUUCUGGAUGAACAACUCCACUUUCAGGGCAAACUACAACGAUCCGGUGUUGCUUGACGCCAAGCUCGGGCACACCAAGUUCCCGAGCGAAUAUAAUGUCUACAACUUCGGACAAAGCAGGUCCGUCCGCUUGGUAUUAUACAACUGGGCACCAGCGGGUGCGCAUCCCAUGCAUCUUCACGGCCACAAUAUGUACGUCCUGGCGAGCGGAACUGGUAUUUGGGAUGGGCAGAUCACCAACCGUAACAACCCCCAAAGGCGAGACGUCAUGCUCUUACCGGGUAUGCCGAGCGCGACUGAGCCGAGCUACACCGUGAUCCAGAUCGACAUGGACUCGCCCGGGGUCUGGCCUUUCCACUGCCACAUUGCAUGGCACGUAAGUUCUGGACUCUACAUAAAUAUCCUCGAACGUCCUCGUGACAUUCAGAACGACGUGUCGAUACCGAGUAUCAUGGCGCAAACCUGCCGGGACUGGAGUGCCUGGACCGGCGAUCAUAUUCCAGACGAGAUAGACUCUGGGUUAUAG